CAAACAAGUAAAGCUUUUUUUAUGUUUUCAUCACCUGGAGCAACAAUCAAACUUUUAAUCAAAAUUAUCAAAAUUCGAGCUCCUUUUUUGACGCCGGUUAGCCAGAUUUAUUCAACAUGACGAGUAUAGUGAGUCUCAACGAGGACUGUUUGCUUCAAAUUGUAGAGUUCCUUGAUAUCGAAGAACAACUGCAGUUGUGGCAGGCCACCGAGUCCACUUCCCGCCUCAAUUCUGUGGUUGCAUAUGCCUGGCAGCGCCAAAGUAAACAUUCUAUUCACCGGGAAACAUUCGACGAUAGACCAGAACUACUCGAGGACUUUCUGCAAGCCAUAAGGUCGUCAGUGGUGGAGCUAACAUUGAACUACUUGCCCAUGUCACAACUUGAACUGUGGAGGAAACAUAUAUUUCCUAAUAUACGGGAAUUGUACUACAUGGGGGAUGAAGACGGUGACGCAGACGUCGACUCUGAGGUCGAAAUAUUGCUGCACUGUUUUCCCCUGGUGGAAUCCAUUGGCCUGGGCGGAAAUUGCUCUGGUCGGUACAUCGACCAAUUUAGAAAUCUACGGCGACUGGACCUUCAACUGUGCUGGUUCUUGAGCACACAGUGCUUUGAGGAUAUCUGCAGAAACCUGCCGUUGCAGUCCCUGAACAUCCAGUGGCGGCGGGCCGAUGAGGACGCCUAUGUACGAGCCAUCUCUACUUUACACGACCUGGAGGAACUCGAACUGGAGAUUGUCCAUUUGGCACCGGAAAAUAUCCCCCAGCUUAUAAACCUGCCAAAAUUAAGAAAACUUCGCAUUCACAACUUUGAUCAGUUGGACGAUCUUUUGUCGGAAAUUGGCCGGUUGCGGGGACACGAUGUGGGCCAGAACCAUGAUUACGCAGCUCAUAUCUGGGCCAGCAAAAACCGCAGCCGCAUGCACUCGAAAAAUAAAACCAAAGCCAAUUAA